AUGCUAUUCCGAUUCGGCGUGGUUGUGCCUCCCGGCGUGGCCCAGGGUCAUCCGCAGCUGUUGCUGGUAGGCUCCCGGCCCGAGCUGGGGCGCUGGGCGCCGGAGAGGGCCGUGCCCAUGAAGCGGGCGGCCAGCGGGGCCGGACCCGGCGGGGCGCGCGGGCUGCAGGAGCCGGGCCUGUGGCUCGCGGAGGUGGAGUUGGCUGGCGUGCCGCCGUCGCCGGAAGCUCAGGAGCAGCAGCAGCAGCAGGAGCCGGAGGGGGCGGGGCCCGGCGUCCCCGAGACUUUCUGGUACAAGUUCCUAAAGCGGGAACCUGGAGGAGAGUUCUUCUGGGAAGGUAAUGGGCCUCACCAUGACCGCUGCAGUACUUAUAAUGAAAAUAACUUGGUAGAUGGUGUGUACUGUCUCCCAAUUGGACACUGGAUUGAAGCCACGGGGCACACGAAUGAGAUGAAGCACACAACUGAUUUCUAUUUUAAUAUUGCAGGCCAUCAAGCUAUGCAUUAUUCAAGAAUUCUUCCAAAUAUCUGGCUAGGAAGCUGCCCUCGACAGUUGGAGCACGUAACCAUCAAAUUGAAGCACGAAUUAGGAGUUACAGCAGUAAUGAACUUUCAGACUGAGUGGGAUAUUACUCAGAAUUCAGCAGAUUGCAACCGCUACCCAGAUCCCAUGACUCCAGAGACCAUGAUCAGGCUCUAUAAGGAAGAAGGAAUUGUCUAUGUGUGGAUGCCUACUCCAGACAUGAGUACUGAAGGCAGAGUGCAGAUGUUGCCUCAGGCAGUCUGUCUCCUCCACGGGCUGCUUGAGAAUGGACACACUGUCUACGUACACUGCAACGCUGGUGUUGGCAGAUCCACAGCUGCGGUGUGUGGCUGGCUUAAGUAUGUGAUGGGCUGGAAUCUAAGGAAGGUGCAGUACUUCCUCAUGUCCAAAAGGCCUGCUGUGUAUAUUGAUGAAGAGGCACUGGCACGUGCAGAGGAAGAUUUUUAUCAGAAAUUUGGGAAGGUUCGUUCUUCCUUAUGUAAUCUCUAAUGGGUAAAAUUUCCAACCUUUCCCUAAAGCUCCUGUCACAGACAUAGGGAGAUAUAAUAAGAUUGAAAGACAGACUCAUAUUAAAUAGUAUUAUCAUGUGGUUUAUUAUUGCCAUUUAUAAUUAUUAUAGUUAUCAGUCUGGCAUGGAUAUUUAGUCUCGGCUUUUGGUUUAGAGAUAUAUUUUCUCUGGAACACUUUCUAAACAAACUUUAUGAAUUGUACAAGAAAGGGCAAAAGUCUUUGGACUCUGCCUUCUCAGUCUUGUGUGGUUCAUAUAACAAGGUAACAAAUACCAUUUCCACCACCUGCAGACUACUCCAUUUGGUUGACUUAUGCCUCAGAUGGUCUUAUUAAAAAUUCAUGACUAUAGUUACCCUUUCUUGUUGCAUUAUGUGCAACCAUAAGCUACCUAAAAGGGGAGAAAAAUCUAUAAUUGCACAAAUUUCACAUCUUGCAACAAAAAUAACAAAGAAGGUCCUACUGCUUUUUAAAUGGUAGCUAUCUUUGCCAAAUGAGAUACCAAGAUUGAAGAAUGGGAGUUUCAUAAAUCCUUGCUGAUUGGAAUGGAAUUGAGUUUCUUAUUCUAUAGAGAGAAGAUGCAUCAAUUUGCCACAAAUUUUAUAGAAGUGAUUAUUAAUUUUUUUUGUCAUGGACUUCAUGGGAAGUCUAUUCAAAACUAUGGUCUUCUUCUCUUAAAAGUGAUGUUUUAAAAUGGGCAAUAUAUAACAAAAGAUUACAAAGGAAACCAAAUAUAUUGAAAUAAAUUUGUCAAAAUAUUUUUAAAAAAUUCACUAACCCACAGGUUAAGAACCCUUGCCAUAGGGAAACCAGGUUUAACACCGAUAAAUCUGUGAAAAGUGUAAGAAAUUACCUUUUUAUGUGAUUUUAAUAAAGGGAUUCUAUCAUGAAAACUGGGUUUUGUAUGAGAACAGAAAUUUAUUUCAUCCUUUGUCUUUAUAUUUUCCAGAACUUUCCAGUAUGCUUAGAACAAAGUAGGUACUUAAUAAAUGCUGAUUGAUUGAUU